UUUCCCUGGGCGAGCGAGUCUCAACAGCAGGCAGACAGGUGAGGCUGACCUGACAAGUUCUAGAGGCCGGGGGCAAUGGGGCGGAGCAUGGCUCUGACUUAGGGUGGCAACAGGUCGGGGGCCCUGGCACACAGAGGGCGGGCGGGCAGGCGGUGGUUCUCUUGGUUGGGAGCAAGGGUGCAGCCCCAGGGUGCAGGCCAUGGAGCCUGCUGGAGGCUGAGGGCAGCCAGGUGGGCAGGCAUGUUCGGAAGCCUAGGGCCUGAGGACUUGGGAGCCCAGGGCAUGGCGGGAGCCCUGCGGGGCCGGGUGGAGGAGCUGAAGCGGCCGUGCUGGCGGGAGGCCUCACCGCUGGUGCUCCAGCACAGUGAGAUUGCCCGGCUGGCAGCCGACGCCCUCCUGGAGCGGGGCGAAGCUGCCUACCUGCGGGUCAUCUCCGAGGAGAGGGAGCUGCCCUUCCUGAGCGCUCUGGACAUGGACUACAUGACCAGCCAUGUGCAUGGGGGCCCUGAGCUCAGCGAGGCCCAGGGGCCGGAAGCCUCAGGGCCUGACUGCCUCAGCCUGCUCUCUGAAGUCACCUCGGGCACUUACUUCCCCAUGGCCUCUGACAUAGACCCUCCGGACCUGGACUUGGGCUGGCCUGAGGUUCCACAGGCCACGGGCUUCAGCCCCACCCAGGCUGUGGUCCACUUCCAGCGGGACAAGUCCAAGAACAUCAAGGACCUUCUGCGUUUUCUCUUCAGCCAGGCCCGCACGGUGGUGGCUGUGGUGAUGGAUGUAUUCACUGACAUGGAGCUUCUGUGUGACCUCAUGGAGGCCUCGAGCCGGCGUGGUGUCCCUGUCUACCUGCUUCUGGCUCAGGAGCACCUCAGGCACUUCCUGGAGAUGUGCUACAAGAUGGACCUCAAUGGGAGGCACCUGCCGAAUAUGCGUGUGCGGAGCACGUGUGGGGACACAUACUGCAGCAAGGCAGGCCGUCGCUUCGCGGGGGAGGCCCUGGAGAAGUUUGUUGUCAUCGACUGCGAACAGGUGGUGGCAGGCAGCUACAGCUUCACCUGGCUUUGCAGCCAGGCCCACACUAGCAUGGUGCUGCAGCUGAGAGGCCGCAUCGUGGAAGACUUUGACCAGGAGUUCCGCUGUCUGUAUGCGGAGUCUCAGCCUGUGGAGGGCUUCCGCGGCGGCGAGGAUCCCGUAUCUCCCAGGGCACUGUGGCCCCCGCCAGCGGCCCUGGGCUUCAGGCCCCGUGUGCCAAGCCCCACAUCCUCCUCACCCUCCAGCUCCAGCUUCAGCAGCAUCAAACGCUCACCUCUCAUGGGCCACUCCUCUUACCUCGCUCCGCCGGGAGGUGGUGGCUGCAGUGACAUGCGUAUGGGGUCCUCAUCCCUCGGCCCUGCCCACCGCGAGGCCAGUGGCCAGCCCUCCCCGCAGCACCAGCUGUCAGACCCGAACCAUGGCUCCCUGCUAGGGCCCUACAGGUCCAAUCUAGGCAAGCUGGGCGUGUCCCCAUGGUCCCAGUCCUCUCCUGCCCUCAAUCACGAUGGUGCCAGCCCCCUGACCCUAGCAGUGGGGUCGCUUCUGCUUCCUCGCCAAAGCCCCCUUCCCCCCUGUGCCAAUGCUGUAGCCCUGUCCCGGCUCCCAGAGAAUGGGCUCCUGGGAAGCCAGGAGUGUAGCCCCCAACGAGGUCGCUGGGUACCUGGCACAGCCCUGGAGGCAGUGGAGGAGAAGAAGGUGUCUCUGAGUCAGAGCCAUAGCCAGUUGGAUCUCCUUGUCCCCUUCCCCAGAGCCAGAGAAGCUGGAAGCCCUGAUUCUGGGGUUAACCCCAACUCGGGCUCCCUCUGGCCUGGAGAGCAGGCUCCAGAGGACAGGAAGUUGUCCCCAAACCAGAGAUACAACCAGUUGGAUCUCCUGCCCCAGACCCCGGGUGCUGGGGGUACCCCUGAGUCAGGUUCCCCCAGACCUGGCAAUCGAACCCCAGAGGACAAGAGGCUGCCCUCAAACCACAGCCAACUGGACCUCCUGGUACAAUACCCCAAGGCUGGGGGCUCCAGAGUGCCCCCUGAAGCCAGCUCCUCAGCCAGGGCUGGCAAGCAGCGUCAAGAUGAGCGACGACGGACCCUGGGCCACAGCCAGCUGGACCUCAUCACAAAGUUUGGCCCAUUCCGGGGCGAGGGGCCUGGGCCCAAUGGUCUCCCCAGACCAAGCCCUGCUCAAAAGGCUGGAGUGGGCUCUGGGGAUGAGAAGCGGCUGACCCUGGGCCACAGCAAGCUGGACCUCAUCACCAAGUAUCAUCAAUUGCAGGGUGCCAGGCAAAGACCUGAGCCUGGCUUCCCUGGGGGCCCCACAGGGGGACAUCUCAAUGGCAGUAACAAUGGCCUGUUUGGGGAUGAGAAGCGGAUGACCCUGGGCCACAGCAAACUGGACCUCAUCACUAAGUACAGCAAGUCCAAGUUCAAGCUGCUCCGAAGCCGCUUUGAGUCCUAGUCCUGCUCCCAGCAGGGACGUGUCCCUCUUCCAUCUACUGAGACUCUAGAUUUACCUAGGUUCCAGACUCUGGGGUGCUCCAGCAGGGGCUGCAUGGGGAGCAGAGGGUGUCCAGAAGCCCAGGUUAGACACUCGCUGGGCUCAGGAUUGUUUAUGCGCACACACACACACACACACACACAGAAAUGGAACCCAUAGUACCUGCCAUUUGCCACUGUGCUGUGCACUUCACACUGGUUAAUUCUCAUCCUUCAUCCUCACAAUAUCCUACAAGAUAGACCUCUAGUAGGUAUACAUUUCUAAGGUCAUAGAUAUUAUCUUCCCUAUUUUAUAACUGUGGAAGCUGAGGCCCAGAAUUUGAUGGCUUGCUUGGAAUCAGAUCCAAGUCAAUGGCAGAGCUAGGGCCCAAACCCAUGUCUCUGACUCUUAAGAUUGUGUUUUUGCACAGGGUACACUAUUAUCAACAGUUCACAUGUCCCCAUGCACACAAAAUAUGCACAUCACAGAGAUGCCCCAAAUGCCUACACAAUACACCAACAGGGUUCACAUCCACAAACUGCACAUCCAUAGACACACAGUAAGUACACAGAGGUCCAUGUGAUAAACCCAAACACCCAGAAUUCUAGUUAUAGGUACUCAUUAAAUGUUAUAUGGCUAAAUGAAUGGCUACACAAAAUAUAUGCAUUCAGUGCACACUGUAGACCCCUCAGGAUCCACAGAUGAUAAAUAUGCACAUAACCACACACACACACACACACACAUAGAGCCAUGCACACACCAACCAGUAUCUUCUUUGACCUAAGCUGUGUACCUGGCCCUGUACUGAGCAUACCAUAGGGCUGACAAGUGAAUCAGACUCAGUCCCUGGGAGACAAGGAAUAAAUGCAUAAACCAUUGGGGGGCAAGACAGAACUAUAUCUAACUAAAGGCUAAUUAGUGACAGGAUGGUGGAGAAGGAAGGGCAGAGAGUGGUGGUGAUGGUGGAGUGGUGAGCAGUUUCAAAGGAGGCAGCCUUCGAGCCAGGCGUUGAAGGAUGGGGAGGAUUGGACAGAUGGAGGAAAGAGGAAUUUCUGGUAGAAGGAAGCAGAUGAAGAGAGGCCAGGGGGAGGACUGGAGGAGUGCGUCUGAGAUGAGCUGGGGAGGAUGUAGAGGGCAUGGAUACUCAGACUCUGACGCACGCACGCACGCACGCACACACAUCAUUUUGCUGAGUGUCCCUGGAAGCACAGGCUUUGACAGGUUCUACAUCCUUUUCCGGACCUCACCACCUGCCUGGGACAGUUGUCACGAUACAAAUCAAUAAAGGCAGACAUGCUAUGACCCAGCAACAGCCUGGUGUAUUCUGAGAAAGGCGGAGUUAUGGAACUGCAUGUUGAGGGCUGGGAAAGGGCACCAUUCAGUCCAAUAAUGGAGGGCUCUCUGAGGGAGAGUGGAUGGCUGCAGAAGGGCUGGGGGCGGGCCGG